AAAUGUGUUUUUAUUGAAACGGAGUCAAAGGGCUGGGCGCAACCCUGUGGUUUGAAAGAUUUUCUAUUGAAGCGCCAGGCUGAUAUCUAGUUGCCAAGCAGCAUGCAUUCUUUGUUUGGCAAUUUCUGAAGGGAGAUGCCUUAAAUACAGACGCAGUGGUGAUGCAUAAGGGCAACGGGGCAUACGACAAACAUUGAAACGUCAACGGUCGUGAAGAAGGUGCUGCUAGCAAGACGAUAAAGCGGCGAAAUAUAGGCUGAAUUUACAGAGAAAACCUGUUCUAAGAGGCCAACCAUGAAGAGGAUUUUAAGUUUGAUCUUAUUCGCUGCAACAUCAAUGGCACUGGAUUUGCCUGACAAACAGAUGCAAAAGACAAAUAGCCUGCAGCUGACGGGGGAAACCAGACAAGAAUCGAGGCAGUCACCUUUUUGGCAAGCAAAUUGCUUUGAUCUGUACGACACCAAAGAAUGCAAAAAAUUGCAAGAAAAAUGGGGAUUUUGCAAAUUUGCUAAGGAAAAUCAGAUGGAAAAACUGUGCAGAAAAACGUGCGGGCUUUGUGGACCGAAAUUCGGUUGCUCGAAAACGAAGUACAAAUGCUGUCCGGAUGGAGUCACUCCAAAGACGGACGAAAAAGGAAGCAAUUGCCCAGAAUGCAAGGACAAGCACCCUGAGCUGUGCCAGAAAUACUCAAAUGACUGCAAUGAUGUUGGAUGGGCUGGUCAGUGGAUGUACAGUAACUGCAGACUCACGUGUCAGAUAUGCAAAGCACCCAAAGCCGCUUGCAAGGACGACGAACAUCAGAAAGAGUUCUGUCCAAAAUGGAAGAAAUUUGGCAUGUGUGACCUGAGUGGAUCUCUCAUGAAGAAAUAUUGUCCCGCGACAUGUGGCUUCUGCGAGAUUGGACAAACUGAAACGGAACGACUCGCACCUUCACCGCAGAAUGACCGCGGGAGUGAGAAGAAGAAAGUCUGAACUAAGAUAGAAGUUUGCUAAUAAUGUAUGACAAAUAUUAUAUAUCGUAUUUAUAACAGGGAAGUAUCUUUGUGUUCAUGUGACAGACUGGCGUUUGUCUUUCGUAGACUAAAAUUCCUAGAAACAUUUAGGAAAUAUUUUGUACAGCCAAAGAUACAAUUCAACGGCCUUUGUUCCAGCAAGACUUGAGUCUCAACUAAUUUGCAGGCAAUUUAGGGCAAGCGAUUCGUGUAAAGUUUAUACAAACAUAUAUUUGCUUUGCAAUUAAUGUUUUUGUCUUAAUCAUAGUCUUUCAUUAAGAUUAUUUUACGCUAAUAUCUUUUAAGUACAAAGCAAAUUCUUCCACGAUCAAAUAUCUACCAUAAAGUGCAUUUCAUUUUUAUGACUUUAUCUGCAAAACACUAAAACGCAUAGAAAAGCAAAAAGGAAAUAUUCAAGCUUGAGUUUUCAGUCAAAUAUAAUAGAAAUAAUAUACAAUAAAUGAAUUAUUAAAAUGCAUAUUUACAUUAACAAUAUUAAAGACACAAGUAAACAAAUAACAUAAAAUCAAGCUUGGUAUUUUCUUGACGAGGUCUGAGCAUUGUUGCAAUUUUCUUGGAAAUAUUUUUGUUGGACGCAACUUUCAUUCUGGUGUGGAUUCCUUGAAUAUUGAAUGUAUUAAAAUUUUAGAAAUUUAAACUCAGCUGUAAUCAGUCCUGGCUCUCUUUGGCUUGGGUACUCCAAGAAACCCCGGACCACCUUGCUUUGGAACUGUUGUCUUCCAUCCGCCAUUAUUGCUACCAUAGUUAUUGCUACCAUAGUUAUUGCUACCAUAGUUAUUGCUACCAUAGUUACUGUUACCAUAGUUACUGUUACCAUAGUUACUGUUACCAUAGUUACUGUUACCAUAGUUCGUUGCUUUGCGUUUUUUGCCCCUGCCGCCGUUCUUGUACCUUCAAGAGGAAAAGAGUUUAUAGCAAUGCCUUCCUUUCAGAAUUCUUGCCCACGAGCCAACUAGUCCAAAAAAGUGAUAAUUAAAUACCUUUAAGUACCUUUGAAAUUUUAGAAAGUGAGUCAAAUCUGUAGUAAUUCGGCUGAUAUAUGGCCAUUAAAAAACUAGAGCCUGCUAACGGACUGCCGUUAUUUCCAUUCGGGACAAGGAUGUUCGAACCAAGACCAAAUCAAAGUGAUAUGAAUAAGAAAUAAAGCCAGUAUUUUUGUGGCUAACCAUACCUCAGCCCCUGUUGAUAGAUAGCUGCGUAUUAAGCGACGCUGAGUUACAACGCGACGCAGUGGUUACAACGCGACGCAAUGCUUACGGAAGGACGCAUUUAUUACAAAAAGACGCAAUGCUUAUUGAAGGAUGCAGUGUUUAGAAAGUGAUGCAAUGUUUUCAACACGACGCAGUGAUUACAACGCGACACAAAGAUUACAACGCAACGCAGUGAUUACAACGCGACGCAGUGAUUUCAACGCGACGCAGUGAUUUCAACACGACGCAAUGCUUACGGAAGGACGCAUUUAUUACAAAAAGACGCAAUGCUUAUUGAAGGAUGCAGACAGGUCCUUGACUGAUAGCAGCAAACUCAUUUUUGCUGAACAAGUUUACCUGUAUAAAUAUGGUUUUAUUAUUAUUAUUUUUAUUAGUGUUUAGAAAGUGAUGCAAUUAUUUCAAGGCGAAGCAGUGAUUACAACGCGACGCAAUUCUUACAAAGCGAUGCAAUGCUGCCAGAAUGACGUAAUGAUUACAAAACGACGUAAUGAUUACAAAACGACGCAAUGCUUACAAAGCGAUACAAUGCUCACGGAAUGACGUAUUGAUUAGAAAAAGACGCAAUGCUUACAAAGCUACGCAACGUGCGUAUCACAACGUGCAUCAAGUGACACGACGCUGAGUGUACCAAGGAAUUAACCAUCGCUUCAGGGCUAUGCAGGAUAUUGCUGUUUUUAAUGGGUAGGGAGGUGUAAACUGUUUCGGCCAAUUAA